AUGUCAUAUAAUACUAAUCUUCCAGUUGAUAUUUCCACUCUUACUUCCGAAGAACGUCGCCAUAUUUUUAUUGCAUUACUUAAUACUGAUCCAUCUUUACCUAAUGCACUAAAUUCUGAACAACGUCGUUGCCUAUAUUCUGUACUAAUUGCUAUUGAUUCUUCUUUACUUCCAGAUGCACGUAGUGCUGUACACGGGAUAAUGAAUGAACAGAAUGAUCUACGUAAUCGUGCUGCUUCCCGUUUUACACGUGGUGAAGCCCUAUCUCGUCAACCAAAGGGAAGUGUAGGAGAAGUUAUUAAUGAUGUAGCCAAUCCAACAUUUCCAAUUUCGGAAACUGAUUUCAUUCUUCAUGAUUGGCUUACCUCAUAUUGUAAUAGUAUGGUUGACCAAAUAAAAAAGAAAAAAAUUGUAGAAGCAAAGAAUAAAGGGCUUCCAUUACCACCAAAGAAAAAGAAUAUUCAGCCUCCUUCUAGAUUAAAGCGUAGAACAGAUAAUAUUACUGUAAAUGAAGUCAUUGAUGAUCCUGAGAAUACUUCAGAAGCGAAUGCUUCAACUAUUACUUCAGAAACAAAUGCUUCAACAAUUUCAAAUAUACCAGUUAUAACUAAAGAUAUAGUACCUGAUGAUGAUACGUCUCAAAAUACAAGGAGUAGAAAAAGAAAGCAGAAAACAACAGAAAUUACUCCAGAAACUCCUUUACGAAAGAGCAAGAGAAACAGGAAGAUAAAUUCAAAUGAUGAUGAAAAAGAAAUCACCCAACAAAUAGAAAGACAAAAUAUUAAUACCGACAAUGAUUACGAAAUAUAUAAUAAUCCAAAUUUUCAUUCAAAAGAACAAGAUGAACUGGAAAUUCCUGAUGAUGGAUUUUAA